GAACUUUUCAAAGACAAAAAUACAAACUCCAGCAGAGGAUGAACACACCACAAAAUAUAUACUCACUAGGCUACGGGGGACUUAAAACUAUUUUCUGUCCGUGAAACAAGUAAACAGCAUGAGACUGGUCAGUGGAUGGGUAGCUAGGAGGGCCAAAAAGGGUGAAGAGCCGAAAUCUUUUACCCCGGAGAAGUUGAAAUCCUUCCCUCUUUUUUACUUUCGCUUUCCAAACAUCAGAGGAAGGAGGGCCGUGGUUUAUCCAGGCAAGGGGCUCCGCCUGGAAGACGCUUUCUUUCGUGCAUCUUCGCCUUUUCUUCACGGUAGAAAAACUGCUGGAACGUUCUCGUAAUCUUUCACGGGGUGGUCUUCAGGUUGCAUUUAGUGCGUUUGCGACAUUAUUUUUUUCCAAACGUGAUUCCAGGAAAAAUGGACCCGCUGGACUUUCUGGAAUCUGCGCAACUCCAACAGUUUUUCCACUCUCGUAAAACUGAACUGUCCUGCCUGGAAAACCCGCAGACUUUCCUCAGCCAGCUCAGGGAUUACAACCUCAUCCCGGAAGACAGGUACAAGAAAGUGAUCAAAAUGAAAAGCAAAGAUAGGAGGCGAAUGGCCAUCUAUGAAUUCUUAGACUGGAUGGAGAGGGAGAGGUCAGAGCACAUCCCUUUGUUCUGGAGGUGUGUCUUCAAGGAGAUCAUCUUAAGCCAGUACCCCAUCUUUCGACUGAUGCGCAACAGCCUCAUGGAUGGAUCUUUUCAAUUCGACGAACGAUUGCCUCCAACUGUGGAAAAAGAGGAAAAAGGGAUAAAGGAAGAUAAGGAGGCCAGAUCAGCCAACAUCAAAAGGAGAAGAAGCAAGAGCACACGUGAUGAUGAAGAGCAGCUUGCUACAUCAUCCCAGAUGACUCCACAUCAGAAGAAAUCCAAGAAAAUAGCUUUCGCUUCCCCAAAGAAAGGAGAGGAGAUCUGGACCUGGCCUUUCUUUAAGAACCAACUGCCUGUGACCUGCGGAAGCAUAAAGGGAAUACUCAACCAUGACAAACUAGCUAAAGGCGAAAAAUGCAUCAAAGUAAAGGAUCAAUGGUUUACUCCUGCUGAGUUUGAAAAGUUUGCAGGAAAAGAGAAGUCCAGGAACUGGAAAUCGAGCAUUAGGUGUGAGAACAUCACCCUUGGAAAGCUGAUUCAGGAGGGUCACUUGAAAUGUGGCACAUUCAAGAGAAGUAAAAUGGUCAGGAAGUCGCUGUUUUCAAAAAGGAAUACCACCCAAGAGUCUGAUGAAGAUGAAGAUGAAGACGAUGACCCGGAGUUGCAGGUUUUAUCCAGUAAUGAAGAAAAUUCCACUACUGACUCAGAAACAGAGGAAUCAAACAAGCAACCAGAGAUUCAAUCUGACAAAGAAAAUGCUACGUUUGAGGUCUCAUGUGGACAGUUUUUGGGUAUUUUACACAGCUACAGAUUUUUAUCAGGGACACGUGGGUUGAGUAUUCGCACCGAGGAUAAAUGGAUGAGUCCUGUGGAGUUUGUCAUGGAGGCAACAUCUCAGACCGACGCCACCUGGAGGAAAGACAUUAUUUACAACGAAGAACCCCUCAACGCUCUCAUUGAGGCAAAAGUUUUGUCUCUCCACUCACUGCUAUGCAAAUGCCGCAAAUGCAAGGCGGAGCUUAAAGACAAGGAUAAUCAGAAAAAUGAUGACGAGUGUUACAUCUGUGAAGAUGUGGGAGAUCUGGUCGUGUGUGAUCACUGUCCAAAAUCUUUUCACCCGAAUUGUCACCUUCCCCAUAUAGAAGAAGCAAUGAUGAGUGACAACAACCCGUGGAUGUGCACCUUCUGCAUUUUCAAAACCGUACAAAACAGCCGCUACAAUGACAAGCAGAAGAGAGAAGUUGUCUUGUCCCGUCAGGAAUGCCAGUAUCUGCUCCUGUUCCUCAGAAACACAGACAAGGAGCAAAUAUUCAACACAAACCCAGAGCUUAACUUGGAAAACUACAGAUGUUUUGUUGAGACUCCAAUGUGGCUCGGCAAAAUUACUGACAAACUUCAGGAGAAUCAAUACAAGACUGUCGGCCAGUUUGAAUCAGACAUCCAGCUCAUCUUUUCCAACUGUGGUUGUUACAACCGGGAUAAUGCAGAAUUCCUGGAAAUUGGCAAGAGAUUGAAAGAGACAUUUGACAAAGAAUUCAAGAAGGCCUUCAACAUCCAUGACUAAACCGUUGUGUACUCUGCAUGUUUAAGAUUGCCACUACAUUUGCACAAAUUCUCGAUCGUCAGCAGAUUUUUGUUUUCAUUCUAUAAUAUUGGACUUAGUUUUCUAUGAAGAUUUGCACUUUGAGGGUUUAAACAAGAGAGAAAAGUGUGAAAAAAGUAAUGUUUGUCUGAGAAAGGAGUAUAAAGUGUGUGAUUUUACUGCCUUAAAACAUCUGUAAUCCUACUUGUUGGAUUUCCCCUAUGGUGGGUUUUUAAUGGAACGUAAACCUUGUUAUAAAUGAGGGAACUCUGUAGUCGAUGCUCAAAAUUCUGUCAAAAUAUUUAGUGCAACUUUGGUUACCUACAAAGCUGCAACGCUUGAAGGCUAGUCUGAGCAUUAUGGGUAUCGUAGUCAGUAGACUAGACAGUUUUGUUUUACUUAAUGUGCCUUCAAAGUGUGGUCUGCUUUAUAAUCCAAAAUAUGGUGUGCUGUAAAAUACUUUUUUAAUUUUUUAUUUGACGCUUACGUUUUAUUCAUUUUUAAUUCUUUUAUUUUGGCUUUUUAGUCAUCAAGACUUAAUUUUUAUGCGAACUGAUCUGUAACUUCACUUCCCUUCCAACUGUCACAUGGAAGGGAAGUUCAGAUAUUUAGAUAGAUUUUUACAUCUGCCAAAAGAAGUUGACUAUUUAGGGAACCAAACUAGUGUGGAUCAGGCAUCCCAAAGUAAAAGCACUCAAACUUUUGUUUUUGUUUGUUUCUAGGUAAACAAAUUCUAGAAUUGACUUAAGAGUCAGAUAAAGCUAGAACAUGUACUGGUACUAGCUAUUUAGGACCCUGUAAUAUAAUUUAAAUAUAUUAGUUGUAGUAGUUUUUCAUUUUCUCCCCUAAUACUCCAUCUUUCUCCUAAAAAGUCAGUAGUGAGGAAGCAGACUCUUUUCAGACCAGUAAAGCAUGCAGGAACUUUACAAAAAAGAGAAUCACAUUUAACGCAUCUCACCUCAAUCAGAUGUUAGAGCUAAGCUUUAAGAAAUUACAUUUCUAAUAUACUUGUGCUUGGAUUCCUAAAACAAAAAACUGUUAGAAAGGCUCAAAUCCAUUCUACCAGGAUUAACUGAAAAUCCUUUAUUUUUAAGUUCUGAUAGCUGAAGCAAUAUUUACCCAGUUACUCUGAAUAAUACUUUAAGUGUCCGUUUUAAAUUCCAAAUACGCUAAAAAUAACGCACUUGUAAAUGCAGUAUUUGUUAUGUCAUUUAAAUAAUCUUUAAAAUGCAUGUCAGCACUUUGCUUUCAGUAUUUUUUUAGGAUGAGGAAAUGUUUUCAAUCUUUAACUUAUAUGCCUUUGAAAUUUGUGAGUAUGUUUACAUAUUUGAAGUAUAUAUUUUUUGAUAUUUCAAGUCUUUUAUUUUGAAAUCUCAUGUCUGUAUUAACCACUGUAAAGUUUAUCUGUUGCCAAAAUAGUUUUUUUUUUUGUUUUUUAAAUAUAUCUCUCCCAGAAUCAUGUCAUAGUUUUAGUUGUAUUUUUGUUUUUUUCCUGAAACACGUUUAAAAUUUGGAUUUUUUCACUAUGAAGCCAAAUCGUGUAUCCUUUUUGUCAGGUGACGUUCCUGUAAUGGUUCCCAGCAGCAAAUCUGAGCUGACUGAUGCGCAGUGCGGCUGCGCACUAAAACUGGACAACUGUGGAUAAUCAGGUGAAUCUGAACUGCCAUCUUUCUUGGUCACAACCACCACUGGUGAAGCAUAUGGACUCUUACUACGCCUGAUGACUCCUGCUGCCUCCAU